AUGACUAGGGUUCCAAAGGUGCAGGCGGUAGUCUCUGAAAUCUUUGGAAAGAGCCCAAGCAAAGGAGUCAACCCAGAUGAAGCUGUGGCCAUGGGUGCUGCCAUUCAGGGUGGCAUUCUCCGUGGAGAUGUUAAGGAGCUUCUUCUUCUUGAUGUUACUCCCCUGUCACUGGGUAUUGAGACCCUCGGUGGUAUCUUCACCAGAUUGAUCAACAGAAACACUACAAUCCCUACAAAGAAAAGUCAGGUGUUCUCAACUGCUGCUGACAAUCAGACCCAAGUGGGUAUCCGUGUCUUGCAAGGUGAGCGUGAAAUGGCUGCAGACAACAAACUUCUUGGUGAAUUUGAUCUUGUGGGCAUUCCGCCUGCCCCAAGAGGCUUGCCUCAGAUUGAGGUUACAUUCGACAUCGACGCCAAUGGGAUUGUGACCGUCUCAGCCAAAGAUAAGGCUACCGGGAAGGAGCAGAACAUCACCAUCCGAUCCUCGGGUGGGCUGUCCGAGGCUGACAUCCAGAAGAUGGUGCAAGAAGCUGAGCUGCAUGCCCAGAAGGAUCAGGAACGGAAAGCACUCAUUGACAUCCGGAACAAUGCUGACACCACUAUCUACAGCAUCGAGAAGAGUCUGGGAGAGUACAGGGACAAGAUCCCUUCUGAGGUUGCAUCUGAGAUCGAGGCGGCUAUCGCUGACCUCCGCCAGGAGAUGGCCUCAGAUGAUAUCGAGAAGAUCAAGGCCAAGCUUGAGGCUGCCAACAAGGCUGUCUCGAAGAUUGGACAGCACAUGUCUGGUGGUGGCUCUGGUGGCUCGCAGUCAGGAUCUGGACCUCAGGGUGGCGGCGACCAGGCGCCGGAGGCAGAGUAUGAGGAGGUUAAGAAGUGA